AUGGCACCUGAAGCAAAUGGUAAAAAUAGAUCCACAUCUGUGGAUAUACCAGAACAGGCUGUUAAGAAUUUAACAGUCGAAGAAAUGUAUGAUAAAGAAAAAUAUGAUUUAUCAACAAUGAAAGAAGGUGAUGUAUUUAAAAUGCUUGAUACAACACGUGAUGGUCUUAAAGAUGAUCAAAUUAAUGAACGUCUUGAAAAAUUUGGACAUAAUCGUCUUGAUCAAAAAACUCAAAGUCCAAUUAUUCAAUUUCUUCUCUUUAUGUGGAAUCCACUUUCGUGGGUUAUGGAAGCAGCAGCUAUAGUUGCUAUUGCUGUAUCUAAUGGUGGCGGACGAGAACCAGACUGGGAAGAUUUCGUUGGAAUUAUUCUUCUUCUUCUUGUAAAUUCAAUUAUUGGUUUUAUUGAACAACGAAAUGCUGGAAAUGCUGUUAAAGAACUUAUGAAAUCAUUAGCACCUGAAGCUAAAGUUAAACGUAAUGGUCAAUGGAAAACUAUUGAUGCAUCUGAACUUGUUCCAGGAGAUAUUAUUGGUGUUAAAUUAGGCGAUAUUGUACCUGCUGAUGGUCGACUAAUUGUUGCACAAGGUGAAGUUUCGAUGGAUCAGGCAGCAUUAACUGGUGAAUCACUUCCUACAACUAAAUCAGUGGGUGAUGAAAUCUUCUCUGGUUCAACUUGUAAACAAGGCGAAGCAGAAGCAGUUGUUAUUGGCACUGGUCUGAAUACAUUUUUUGGUCGAGCAGCUAAAUUAGUUGGUGGUGCCCAUGAUGAAAUAGGUCAUUUACAAACUAUCCUUGCUAAAAUUGGCAAUUUCUGUAUUAUUGCUAUUGCAAUCUUUAUCAUUGCAGAGAUAUUUGUUAUGUAUGUCGGAUUUCAUUAUGAAUAUCGUCGUGGUAUAAAUAAUAUACUUGUACUUUUAAUUGGUGGUAUACCUAUUGCUAUGCCAACAGUUUUAUCCGUAACAUUAGCUAUUGGUGCUAAGCAAUUAUCUGAACAUAAAGCAAUUGUAACACAUGUUACUGCUAUUGAAGAACUUGCUGCUGUAACUAUUUUAUGUUCAGAUAAAACUGGUACAUUAACAUUAAAUAAACUUGUUAUUGAUAAAGAAUCUAUAAAGAAAUAUUCUGAUAUCGAAAGUGAUGGUAUUAUUUAUCAUGCAGCUAUCGCAUCAAGAAUAGAUCAUCCUGAUGCAAUUGAUGCUUGUGUUAUGUCAACAUACGGUGAUAAGAAUAAAAUACGUGAAGGAAUUGAAGAAUUAAAUUUUAAACCAUUUAAUCCAACUGAUAAACGUACUGAAAUAACAUAUAAACAAACAAAAGAUGGAAGUGUACAUCGUAUUAGUAAAGGCAUGUCACAUGCAAUACUUGAUUUAUGUACAAGAGAUAAAACAGAUGAACAAAUUAAACAAUUAAACACUGAUGUUGAUGAAUUUGCUAAACGAGGUUUAAGAGCAUUAGCUGUUGCAAUUGAAGAUGUUUCUGAUGGACAAAAAGAUGGUAAAGGAAAUGGUUUUAAAUUAAUUGGUCUCCUACCUAUAUUUGAUCCACCACGUGAUGAUACAAAAGAAACAAUUGAACGUGCACUUCAACUUGGUGUAAAAGUAAAAAUGUUAACUGGUGAUCAAUUAGCUAUUGCAAAAGAAACAGGUCGACGUCUUGGUAUGGGUGAUAAUAUGUUUGAAGCUAAAACACUUAAAGAAGGACCACCAGCAGACUCCGGUUAUAAAGAUAUCGAUGAUUUAAUUUUACAUGCAGAUGGCUUUGCCGGUGUUUAUCCUGAACAUAAAUAUGAAAUUGUUGAACGAUUACAAAAAAUGGGACACUUAAUCGGUAUGACUGGUGAUGGAGUUAAUGAUGCACCAGCACUUUCAAAAGCAAAUGUAGGUGUGGCUGUUGCUGAUGCAUCAGAUGCAGCUCGAUCAGCAGCUGAUAUUGUAUUAACAAAACCUGGUUUAUCAGUUAUUAUCGAAGCAAUUCUUGGUUCAAGACAAAUUUUUCAACGUAUGAGAAACUAUGCAAUUUAUACAUGUUCAAUAACAAUUCGUGUUUUACUUGGAUUUUCUGUAUUAAUAUUCGCAUUUAGAUUUGAUUUUCCAUCAUUUAUGGUUCUUAUUCUUGCAAUUCUUAAUGAUGGUACUAUUUUAACAAUCUCAAAAGAUCGUGUUAAACCAUCACAAUAUCCAAAUAGUUGGCAUUUAUCAGAAAUUUUUACAUAUGCUAUCGUUUAUGGUACAUAUUUAGCGGCAUCAACAGUUAUUUUCUUUACUGUUAUUGUUAAAACAACAUUUUUUCAAGAUAAAUUUGGUGUUCAACAAUUUCAAUAUCAUCAUCAUUCGCAUACAUUUCCCGGAUGGAAUAAUCCAAUAUUAAAUUCAAUUAUUUAUUUACAAGUUUCAACAAUUAGUCAAGCAUUAAUAUUUAUAACACGUUCACAUAGUUUCUUUUUUCGUGAACGUCCAUCAAUAUUAUUAGUUAUUGCAUUUAUCAUAGCUCAACUUAUAGCAACAUUUAUUGCUGUUUACGCAAAAUGGUCAUUUACACAAAUACAUGGUUGUGGUUGGACAUGGGCUGGAAUUGUUUGGGUAUGGAAUCUUAUUUGGUUUUUUCCACUUGAUCUUUUGAAAUUUUCUCUUCGUGCAUAUUUUGAUCGGCAACAAAAAGAAACUGUUCAAGAAACUUUCGCUAAAGAACCAUCAACAGAUAAUCAACGUCUACGUCGUCAAACUACAGUUCUUAGUAUGAGUGGUCCACCAUCACGUCUUUCAAGAAUGAUGAGUGCUGAUCCAAAAAGUUCAAGACGAGGAACAUUUGCUGAAAUUGCAGCAAGAUAUUAUGCACCACAUACUCGACAUUUAUCAACAUCACAUCGCUUUAGAAACUUUGCUGGAGUAUUAAAUAAUGCAACUAAUACACCACUAAGCUUUUCUAUAAAUGCUCCUGAACUUCAACGUUUUUCACUUGUUCAGGCUCAUCAUGCAUCGAAAUUACUUAAUGCCAAGAAUGAUAUAACAACAACUGGUGUUUGA